UGAAUGCGGGCGGGAGGGCGCUUCUCAGGGUCCGUGGGAGUGGCAGCCCCCAAGUAUGGCCCUGUCCAGGUGCCUAGAUCCCAAGUUGCAUCACCUGGCAGCCCCGAGGCUACGCCAAUCCCGCUGGUGGCCAGGACUAGUCCCAUGUCCCCGAGCAUGCGUUAGCCCCUUCCUGCUUCUAUGCCUCAGUUUACCUGAGUGAGCGGAGGAGGAAGUUCUCCUUGCCUCAUCAGGCGGCUUUAUAGAAUCCGAGGGCAGCCGUACGAACCAACCACGGGUUCGGAGGUAGCCCAGGUCCCGGACAGGUCUGGGGUUUGCUUGGUUUCCUGCGCGCACCUGCAGCCGGGGCCGCGGAGAGGAAGCACGCUCUGCUCCCUGCGGCGGCGAUCCGGGACAUCCGCGCGCGCCGGCAGGGCAGGGCCGGGCGCUGACGCCGAGAUCUGUGUGCAGGUGGCUGCAGAGCCGGACCCGGGCCGCGGUGCCACGCCAUGGCACCCACCCUGGCCACUGCUCAUCGGCGCCGCUGGUGGAUGGCCUGCACAGCCGUGCUGGAGAACCUCCUCUUCUCGGCAGUCCUCCUGGGCUGGGGCUCGCUGCUCAUCAUGCUCAAGUCGGAGGGCUUUUACUCGUAUCUAUGUACUGAGCCAGAGAAUGUCACCAAUGGCACAGUGUGGGGCACAGCGGAGCCUGAACAUGAGGUGAGCUGGAUGAAUGGCUGGCUCAGCUGCCAGGCCCAGGACGAGAUGCUAAACUUGGCCUUCACCGUGGGCUCCUUCCUGCUCAGUGCCAUCACCCUACCCCUGGGCAUCGUCAUGGACAAGUAUGGCCCAAGGAAGCUCCGGCUACUGGGCAGUGCCUGCUUUGCUGUUUCCUGCUUGCUGAUUGCAUAUGGAGCAAGUAACCCAGACUCUCUCUCCAUGCUCAUCUUCAUCUCCCUGGCUCUGAACGGCUUUGGUGGGAUGUGCAUUACCUUCACCUCGUUAACACUGCCCAACAUGUUCGGUGACCUUCGGUCCACGUUUAUUGCCUUGAUGAUCGGGUCCUACGCCUCCUCGGCAGUCACCUUCCCAGGAAUCAAGGUCAUCUAUGACUUUGGUGUCUCCUUCAUCGUCAUCCUUGUGGUCUGGGCUGGAUGCUCCGGGCUGGUUUUCCUCAACUGCUUCUUCAACUGGCCUCUGGAGCCCUUCCCAGGGCCAGAGGACAUGGACUACUCGGUGAAGAUCAAGUUCAGCUGGCUGGGCUUCGACCACAAGAUCACAGGGAAGCAGUUCUACAAGCAGGUGACCACGGUGGGGCGCCGCCUCAGCGUGGGCAGCUCCAUGAGGGGCACCAAGGAGCAGGCGGUGCUGCCGGAGGGCCACAAGCUGUGCCUGUCCACUGUCGACCUGGAGGUGAAGUGCCAGCCGGAUGCUGCAGCGGCGCCCUCGUUCAUGCACAGCGUCUUCAGCCCCAUCCUGUUGCUCAGCCUCGUCACCAUGUGUGUCACUCAGCUGCGGCUCAUCUUCUACAUGGGCGCCAUGAACAGCAUCCUUAAGUUCCUGGUUGGUGGCAACCAGGACAUAGUUGGCCUCUACACCUCCAUCUUCGGCGUGCUCCAGCUGCUCUGCCUGCUCACGGCCCCUGUCAUCGGCUACAUCAUGGACUGGAGGCUGAAGGAGUGUGAGGAUGCCUCAGAGGAGCCGGAGGAGAAAGAUCCCCACCAAGGCGAGAAGAAGAAGCGGGAUCGGCAGAUCCAGAAGAUCACCAAUGCCAUGAGGGCCUUCGCCUUUACCAACCUGCUGCUCGUGGGCUUUGGGGUGACCUGCCUCAUUCCCAAUCUGCCUCUGCAGAUCCUCUCCUUCAUCCUGCACACGAUCGUGCGAGGAUUCAUCCACUCCGCUGUUGGGGGCCUGUAUGCCGCCGUGUACCCCUCCACCCAGUUCGGCAGCCUCACGGGACUGCAGUCUCUGAUCAGCGCGCUCUUCGCCCUCCUGCAGCAGCCCCUGUUUCUGGCCAUGAUGGGCCCCCUCCAAGGAGACCCUCUUUGGGUGAACGUGGGUCUGCUUGGCGUGAGCAUGCUGGGGUUCUGCCUCCCCCUCUAUCUGAUCUACUACCGGCGCCAGCUGGAGUGGCGGCUGCAGCAGAAGAGGGAGAAUGACAAACUUUUCCUCAAGAUCAACGGUUCAUCCAAUCAGGAGGCUUUCGUGUAGCACCCAUCACCUCAACCAUGGCCUCCUGCCUGUGCUUCAGUGACUGACCGAGUCCUCCUCCCCACCCCAGAGGAUACCCCCUGCACCCCCACCAUCCUCUCCUUCGCCAUGUGGGAGCCACACUCCCUCUAGAGGCCCCGGUCCUGCCUUGGAGCUCUGUGGUUGAAGGACGGGAGAGGGUCCCGGAUAGCGGCGAACUUCUUACUGCUGGAAGCAGGGGCUGCCCUGGGCUUUGGGGGCCUCGAGGCUCCGUGGUGCCUGCAAGAGGAGCCAGGAGCACCCCCCGCAGGCAGGCUCUCUCCCCAAGUGUCUGGAUUCUGUCUCUUGCCAAAGCAGAGGGGUCUGCCAUCCACUGCCCACUGCUGCCCCUCAGCUGCAUGCCCACCGGCCACGCCUGCCUGAGGACAAAGGCUUGCACUGUCUGCACCCCUCGCCUGGCCCCUCACCUCCUCCCUGGGCCAAUCUGAGGCUGCCUGAGGAAGGAAGGACCCGCUUCCUGUUGUUGGUGCUACCUCCUUUGUAAUUCCAGCCCCCUGUGGCCUGUCCAUGGCCUGUCCUCCCGUAGAGGCCCGGGGAGAAGCACCCCCACACCCCUGGCUUAAAGUCUGGGGGGUGGGGAGGGCUGGGUGGUCACGAAGCCUUUGGACUCCGAGGGUGGACAAGGCUGGUCAGUCAGUCCCUUGCCUCCUCCCGCAGGGGGCAAAAGGGGAGCGAGUUUACACCUUAGUACCGGCUGUGACCGGAAAGCAAUUAAAGGUCACUACCAGGGUAUCCCCCACAGCUGUUUUUGUAGGGGUGCAAGUGAGGCCGCGGCUGAUGGACGCUGAGGUCCAGGCCUAGUUUGGGAGGGCCCUGGGUUUGUGUACGUGUGGGGUGUGUGUGAGAUGGGGGUAGGCAGGUGGGUGGGUGCAGACUCUGGGUCCCGGCUCUUAUCCUCCCCCGCCAGACCCGGAGCCAGCCUGUCGGCAGCAGGCCCAGCUGGCCGGGGAGCCCGGGAGCCGGCUCGGAGCCGGUCCAAGGCUGCGGGGCCACAGCGCCCCCUGCUGGCAGGCUCCUCCGCGGCCCUGCUGCUCUGCCAGGGAGAGGCCGGGCAGGCCUGGCUCACCUGCCCGGCCACCUUGACUGCCCCCCAACAUGUGUUUGAGACUUCCUGGAAGUGCUGAGAUGAGUGGGCUGAGUUUUAGAUUUUUAGUUUAGUUUUUUUUUUCUCUUAAGUUCUGUCAGACUCCUUAUUGAGCAAUAAAUCUGUUCUCCUCCUGGUAAAGGAUGUCCUUCUAGAAGAACAGUGAAGUUCUGCAUGUGCCUGUUUUGAACAGAGAACUAAAGAGAGGACAGCAUUUUCUGCCACUGACCAGCCCCAGUAAUAACGAGCUGCUCACCACCUCUCUGGAUGACUGCCCUCUUCUCAGGAAGGGCAGUGGGCCAGAAAAAGAUGCCCCCCCACCCCGCCCCAACAGAUUGUGCACAGAUUGGGCUCGUGCAGACAUCCUACAAGUGUGGGCCAACCCCACCCCCCAUGCUUAUACCAAACAAGCUAAGCCUGACCCCUUCCCAUCCUCUACUCAGAUUUCCUGUCACUUCAGCAACCUGAGGGUCCUUCCUGAGUGCAGGACAUGAGGCGACCCCAGGACAGCCACAGGCUCAGGGAAAGCAAAGUUGGGACGCGGCGAGGGGAACACCCAGAAAGCAGGAAGGGGGAGACCCAGGCCCAAAUUCAACCCUGCAUUAGCAGUUGAGCACGUUGAACACACCUCACCUUCUAGACUUCAGUCUGCUAGCUAUAACACACGCAUACACACGAGAUAGAGAUCGUUUCCCAAACUGUUCCUUGGAACACUAGUUCUGUGAGAUGUUAAUGGUUAUUCUAAUUUAAAAAAAAAAAGUUGUCUAGUCAAAUUUGGGAAAUGUUAACUUAAAGUCAAGCAUGUUACUUUACAGCAAGUGCUGGCAUGUACUUUGCACAUGGACUUUGUGGCAAUUCGAGGAGGGGUGUGGCAUGCUGACGAGGAACGGUUUUAAUACCCAGAGACAAAAACAUAGAUUCCAGAUCUUCUCUGGCGUUGAGAGAAUCUGAAGGGUGGGGUCCUGGAGUCUACAUUUUCUUCAGCCCCGACCAGUGAUUUCUGAUGCCCCCAGGGUGUGAGACCCGCUGGUGAGGAGGAGUGCAGUUUGGGGAAAUGCUGAGCCAGAGAACUAGCCAGGGCCCUUCCGGCUGGGCAAAUGCACUGAGGUUGCGCGGGCACAGCCUGUGCUGCCCCCAGCAGUGCCCGGCCCAGCAGAAGUGGGAGCUGCUGUCUCUUUCUCACACCCAUUCACAGGGUGUGGGCACUUUGUGGGAAGAAGCAGGCGCUGAGAAACCAGAAUUCAGGGUGGAAAACAGUCUAGGGCCUACAGUGCACAGAGAUGAGAGAUACUAAGACUAGGGCAGGUGCAGAGGCUGUUGCUAGCCAGGUGGCCUGGAACCAUCUGUGUCCUCCCCACCCCCAGUAAGGGACCACUUAUCCUGCCCUGAAUUUGUACAGAGUUCACAGGUUACAUACUUUCCCAUUGUUAUCACAUUGAAUCAUGAUAACAAUCCCCGAGUUAAAGAGAUACUAUCAUCCCUAUUUUAGAGGUGGAGUAACUUGCUUAAGGUUAGAACAAGGGCUCCUAAGUGAGCCUUAUGUCAAGGACGCAGCCGAGGCCCUCUAGACCAGGACAUUGUGUUUGGAGCGGCAGCCCCAGGGGCCACGGGGACCUGAGAAAGGGGGGCAGGUUGCCGCCUGGUGUCUGUUUCUUGGAUCCAAGAACUUCCUCAAAGGAGUGGGAUGAGCUCUACCCAGUGGAGAUUGUUUUGGCCCUGGAGGCUGAUGGGUACUGGGGGGAGCAACUCCCUGGUUACCCCAACCCCUGAGAGGAGUGCCUGGCAUGGUGCAAAGACUGGUCACAGGCAGUGGGCACCAAGUGGCCAUAGCCCUCCCAGCUCCCCCUCGUCCUCUAGGUUCUUGUGGGAGGGAGCAGGAAGUGAUGCUGGACCCUGUGGUUUUAGUCAGAGAGGGAGGAAGUGGGCUAGGCCAUCGUCAGAGGCCGCACCGGGAGGCCCUCUCUUCUCCAGUCUUUCGACUCUGGGUUGAGGUGUUCCUUUGUGCUUGGCUUCCCCCGAGACCCCUGGGCCUCUGCCUACAGCCCCUGCUAUGGGGACCUCAGGGAGGCCAAAGACGUGGCUUUGCAAGUCCUCGUGGAUUCCUUUCUGUUCUGCUUUAUCUUCCUUUCCCUCUGGCACCUAGUAUCAGCCUGGUCAGAAGAACUCAGACCCUCAUAGUCACAGCCCCGGGCUGCAGUCAGGAGGCCCUCACACUUCCCGAUGCCCCAAGGACACUGAAAAUGGGGGGCAUCCAGUACUGGGGAUACAUGCUCAGGGCUAUCACAGACAGGAAGCACAAACACUUUCAGCCAAAAUGGAGUUUCGGGUGCACUUGCACAUCGGCCUGUGUGAAUCUGAGCAGAUAUGCCAGCAGGGGUGGGUGACGCGGGGUAACAAGCCGCGGGCAUCCUAUGCUGAGGGGCUGCUCAGUAUGGCUGGGCUCCAUGGGCUGUUUAAGCAGCAGUUCCUCCCCUCUUCUAAGGGUAACACAGUGGGUUCUAGUGGGUUCCUGGGGCAGUGAGCUGCCUAUCUGUGCAAGUUACCAGGGACCCAACUCAAGGGUGAGGGCUCGUUUUCCCUGAAUAGAGCCCAUGCGAUUGUGAGGGUUAGAAGCACAAGACCCCCACAGUGAGGGGUUGGUUUGCCACAGACUGGUCCUACCCAGAGUGAGUAGGUGGGCUCUGUGAGCCCAGCCCAUUCCUCCCUCCAGGGGCCCGAUGCCCCUACUGGCCUGGAGCCUGGCCAAAGCGCAGACCUCUCCCGCCAUGCUGGAGCCCCCCAGCCUCCCUCAGCCCAGCCUCCCACGGCCUGGCCUCUGCCUGCGCCCUUGCUCUUGGCUGGUGGCAUGUGUACCCCUUAAGUUAGUCAUUCUUACCCUCCCGGGCAGACCCGAGACAGUCAGGACCACUGGCAGCUUGGGGCUUCUGCCCCUUCCCAGAGAGAGGCUCUGGCUCCCCACCCCGAGGAGGCAGUGAGGGGAAGAGCUAAGGGAAGGGGCUCCAGUCACACAGGGUCUGUUUAAAUCCCGGCCCUGUCAACACACUAGCUCUGUGACUUCAGGCUGGUCGUGGGCUUCGGUUCCCUCAUCUGUAACAUGGAGGUAAUGAUAUCCUCGCACUGAGGCUUGGUGAAAAUGCAGGCAAAGCGCUUGGCUAGUAUUUACACCUGGCAUUUAACAGGCCCUUAAGAGGGGUCAUUGUUUCCAUUACCCUGGGGGAGAGCAGAUAGCCCAGGGGAGGAGGCCACUCCCCUUCCCCCUGCCCUGUUAUUAGGAUGCCUCUUAGGCAGCUCUGGCCAGGACAGACUCGUGGCCAAGUAGAAAAGAAAGCGAGGUCUGAAUCUGCUGACUCCUACCCCCUCAGAACCCCUCUCCAAGCAAAAGCCUUAAGACGUUAUCCCCUUGUUCGAUUUUCUUUUAUGUCUCUUACAUUUUGGUAAGAGGCUUGGCUGAAAGUUUCUGAAAGUUCUCCCUAGUGGUGGAUGUUCAGGCCUGUGUUGCGUGGAAUGUCUCCAGCCAGGGCCCCGAAAGCAGCACCUCCACUCCACCUCCUCGGAAAUCUGGCUGGGCGUGUGUGUGUGUGUGUGUGUGUGUGUGUGUGUGUGUGUGUGUGUGUGUCUGACAGAGAGAGAGAGAUGUUCCCUGGGCGUAUCUGGGGUGUGUUCGUGUAUGCGGAGAGUGUAGGAGCUUGUCUGUGUGCCUCACUACCUGGAUGGAGAAGCAGGAAAGGAUCUCGCCUCACUGAAUCCCUUUCCAUUUGCUGGAGUGAAUGCCUCAACAGACCCCUGUUCCCUGAAUGAGCCAGGGUUUAGGCCACGUCACUGACAAGUCAGCAGCUGACCUUGACUCUUCCCUGCCCCUUGCUGUUUCUAGCCUCUGGCAACCUUCCCGGCACACAGUAAGCACUCAAUAAAUGUAUGCUGAGAAUGACCAAGAACUGCUUCCUCCUCCACUCCUGCAUCUCUCCCUAAGUCACACAUCCUCCAGCCCUCUUCUCUGGCCUGGAUUCCCUGUUGCUUGUCUGAAACAUGCUUGCUGACCGCCACCUCCUGGGGGUCUUGGGUGUCAGCAGGAGGAAGGAGAAAAAUUCUCCAGAGACGCCCCAGGGAGAUCCCCAGGGAGGCUCGAGGGGCUACCUGCUGGCCUGGGCCUGGCUCAGG